CGAGAGGAGUGAACACUUGUGAAUUCUCUACCAAUUGCGCUUUGGGUAUCUAUGCAUUUUAUAUGAAGUAGUAACCAGUUACGUAAAGAAACAACGAAAUACACUCGGCAAGUGCGUUAUUAGCUGCCUACUCAGCAUGGUCAUGAUGCAACUUCUUUGGAUACUAGGCCUUUUGGAGUUAUUGGAUCUUAACCUUUACUUGGUAUUGUAUGCUACGGUAUUCUUCCAGGGCGCUUACGUUGUAUGGCUUUCUGUCAUUAGCUAUCACCUGUGGCAAACCUUCAAGCCCCUGAAGCGCGAUGAUCAUCGAUAUCAAUAUCUGGUCUAUAGUGCUAUUGCUUGGAUCACGGCUGCUGGCACUGUAGGAUUGUAUAUGAAUACGUAUACAUUGUAUAUCUUGGUGUUUGGGCUUGGUAAUUUUACAUAACGUUUAGAAAGUGUUACAGUGAAACUUCCACAACUUGUACCAGUUGAGAACAAAAUAAAGAGGGACAAAUGUACGUAUCUACAUUUUCACUCUUGUAAGUUAAGUUAAUCUAGUCUAGUUGGAAUCCUUUACUAUCCAGAAAUCACUUCAUCGACCAGUCGUGUAAAAUAUAUAUUAAGCCCUAAUUUAUG